CUAGAAACACUUGCUGCCCAAUGCUAACAACAAUGGAGGAGAGGUUAAUAGCAGCGGUGUCCGACUAUCCCGAGUUAUACAAUUCUACAAUAAAUUCAUAUAAAGACGCCGCCAGGAAAGCCAAAGCAUGGAGAGCCGUGAGUCUGCAAGUUGAAAUUCCAGAAGAGGACUGCCGCAGGAGGUGGAAGAGCUUGCGGGACAUGUUCAUCAAAGACAAGCGUGCGGAGCAGCGGCGGCGAGCCUCGGGGACGUCCCACCGCAGCUGGAAGUACAGCUGGCAGAUGUCCUUCCUGACGCCGUUCAUCCAGUCGCGGUCGCUGGCCGCCGACGAGCCCGAGGAGGACCGGGACGAAGAGGACAAGGAGGAGGAGAGGACGGCGGACGGCAACCCGGCGUUUGUGGUGCAGGACUUUGAGGGCGACCACGGGAUGCUGGACGGAUCCUCGCACUACUCCGCCUCGGGGUCGCAGGGGUCGGGACGCAAGAGGAAGUGGCAGAUGGAGGCCAACGAGGACUUGGAGGACGAGAUGUUCUUGUUCAGUUUACUGCCGUAUCUCAGGCGGCUGCCUUACGCCAAGAAGAGCGCCGUCAAGUUAAAAAUCCACCAGCUGCUGUACGAGGCCGAGUUCAAGUGAUGCUCUAUAGUUUCUUAAUAUUUUUCUAUCUUUUAUUGAAAUUCUAUCCACUGCGUUUUUUAACAUUCAUAACAUAUUGUAUCGAUGCUGGUAGAUGUUUGUUUCGUCGGAGAUCAAUGAUUAAACGGACAUGUGCACUA